UUGGAUUUUGUGCCUAAGCUUGACUGACUUGAUGCGGAAGCUCAAGCUCUCAGAUCCCAAGCUCCCACAGUAACUUACAUCAUGCUGUUGCACUUAGGAUUGGGAGGCACACUUCUGCCUUGUUUGCGAAAGGCUCUGAAGACGAGGUGUGACGAUUUGUUCCACAAAAAAUUGAAAGAAUUUUUAGUUAUCGCUUUGAGUUGCGUGAGAAGACUAUCAUGCUGUCUUUUCACUGGCUGCGGUUGGAGUUGAGAUGAUAGUGGUGAUGUUCGCUAGAUCAGUCUGCUAGGGUUUACUGGUCUUAAGAUUUCUUGGUGGUCCGGGGCGAGACGAUGAAUAAGCCGGGAAGUGCAGGGGCUCAAGGGGGAGUGAGCGUCUCGGGCGCUGGAGGCGUGGUUGGCCCGACUGCUGCAGCUUCAGCACAAGCGGCGCAGAGACAGCGGUCUCUGUUGCAGAGGGCAGAUUCAGAUAUCGGGAUCUUGCUCGAUAACUUCUCCCACCUUUUGAAGGCUGCUCGGAUAAAUGAUCCGGUGAGGAAUGCACAAGAAGCGUUUCAGAUGGAGGUGCACGCAUCUCGCGUGGUACAAGCUGCCGAUUCAUUACUCCAGCUGGUUUCGGAACUAAAACAAUCAGCUGUAUUUUCUGAUUUUUUGUCAUUGAACCGGAGCAUAAACCAACAAAUCAUCAAGUUUGGAGAGCAAAGUCAAGAGACUGACAGAUUGUUGGUAAGCGUUGGAGAAAUAGUUGCUACCUCUUUGCAGGAAUUGGAGUCUCAUUAUUAUGCCUCCCCUCAUCGGACAUCAAGAAUUGGCUCACAAAUAUUUCUAAACUCAACUAUUGGUGAUGGUGCAUAGACUAAUUAUACAUGAUAUCUUACAAAUUCUGAUCGGUCUGUACUAUGCUGGAUGCUAUUGGUAAAUUUUACUUUCAGACCGUCUUCUGGUUUUUGCCUAUAUUGUAACUAAUAGCACGAAUGCGUGACUUGAUAUAGUAUUUUGGUUACUGAUGCCAGAACAAAUGCUUCGUCAAAUUAUAGUUUAAUCCCUCAUGUUGUAUUUAUGUGCUGGUCAUUUUUGUUACUUGACUCAGUCUCUUUACUCGGCCCUGCACUUUGUUAAUGCGGGAAAGAUUUACACUGAUGUAUGAUAACGCUUAUCCGGGAAGAUAUGAUUUUAUUUUUGUCCUUUUAACUUAUAAUUUAUGAUAACUAACUUUUGAGAUGGCUCUUGCAAUCUCAUUGUUCAUGUCAUCAAUGCUAGCCCAACUACCCAGACACUGCUGCACCAAGCAGGAAUUCUAAAGUUUGUCGUCAUCAAAUAGAUUGGGAAGCCCACUUCCAUUUGCGAAUCACAGCUUUUCGUUAUUUGCUUUAUUCGUCUUCAGAUUUUGGCUUCUGAAGCAAAAUAGGGAUCUAGAUAUAACCUUCCUUGAGCGGAGUGUGUUUGAUCUCGACGGUAGUUCAAUAUCUCUUUCGAUGAUUUUACACUUCAAGGGGAAUAUCAUUUUUGAUAUCAAUGGAGGUCGUUUUUGGUGA